CCUUCUACUCAGUGCCCGGGUGCACCCACUCCAUGGCCCCCGAGAUGGACCAGCUCUACAGGUCCACCAUGGCCAUCUACAAGAGCAUUAUGGAGCAGUUCAACCCCGCCCUGGAGAACCUGGUGUACCUGGGGAACAACUACCUCCGGGCCUUCCACGCUCUGUCUGAGGCGGCAGAAGUGUACUUCAACGCCAUCCAGAAGAUCGGGGAGCAGGCCCUGCAGAGUUCCACCUCGCAGAUUCUGGGUGAGAUCUUGGUGCAGAUGUCCGACACCCAGCGGCACUUGAACUCUGACCUGGAGGUGGUGGUGCAGACAUUCCAUGGAGACCUGCUGCAGCACAUGGAGAAGAACACCAAGCUGGACAUGCAGUUCAUCAAAGACAGCCGCCAGCACUACGAGAUGGAGUACCGCCACCGAGCCGCCAACCUGGAGAAGUGCAUGUCCCAGCUGUGGCGUAUGGAGCGCAAGAGGGACAAGAAUGCGCGGGAGAUGAAGGAGAGCGUGAACCGGCUGCACGCGCAGAUGCAGGCCUUCGUGUCUGAGAGUCAGCGGGCAGCUGAACUGGAAGAGAAGCGGCGCUACCGCUUCCUGGCUGAGAAGCACCUGCUGCUUUCCAAUACCUUCCUGCAGUUUUUUGGCCGGGCCCGCGGGAUGCUCCAGAACCGCGUGCUGCUGUGGAAGGAGCAGUCGGAGGCCAGCCGCAAUCCGUCGCGUGCCCACUCCCCGGGCCUGCUGGGCCCCGUGCUGGGGCCGCCCUACCCCUCGGGCCGCCUGACGCCCACCCGCCUGGACAUGCCCCAGAGGCCUCUGGGAGAGUUCGGCUCCCCACGCAGCCGGCACGGCUCCGGCUCCCACGGCCCGGAGCCCAUUGAGGCGAGAUCCGCGUCCCAGCUGGAGCCAGACCGCCGGUCCCUGCCCCGGACGCCGUCCGCCUCCUCGCUCUACAGCAGCAGCACCGAGCGCUCGCGCUCCAACUCUUUCGGCGAGCGCCCGGGCUGCAGGGGCGGCGGCGGCGCCCGGCGAGUUCGCGCCCUGGUCUCCCACUCGGAGGGCGCCAACCACACGCUGCUGCGUUUCUCGGCCGGAGACGUUGUGGAGGUGCUGGUGCCGGAGGCCCAGAACGGCUGGCUCUAUGGCAAGCUGGAGGGCUCAUCCACGAGCGGCUGGUUCCCCGAGGCCUAUGUGAAGCCUUUGGAGGAGCUGCCCAUGAAUCCCGUGAACCCCUUGAACCCCGUGACCUCCAUGAAUCCCACGAACCCCUUGAACCCAGUGACGUCCGUGAACCCCAUGAGCCCUAUGAAUGAGCUGCCUUCCAGGUCCUACCCACUCCGGGGCAGCCACAGCCUUGAUGACCUCCUGGACCGGCCAGGCAACUCCGCAGCUUCCUCAGACUACUGGGAUGGCCAGUCCCGCUCCCGAACCCCAAGCCGGGUCCCGAGCCGCACCCCCAGCCCCGCACCUACACCCUUGCCUGGCAGCCGCCGAAGUAGCAUGGGCAGCAUGGGGGCGGCCAGUGACAUCAAGAAACUCAUGUCCUGGGAGCAGCAACCCCCAGAGCUCUUCCCUCGGGGCACAAACCCCUUUGCCACCGUAAAGCUGCGUCCCACCAUCACCAAUGACCGCUCAGCGCCCCUCAUCCGCUGAGGUGCCUUCCUCCACCAGGGGUCUGAGGUCGUCCCCCCGACACCUGCCCAGGGGCUGCCCAGAGCUGGCGGCAGCAGAAGCAGCAGCAGUGGAUCCAAGGAGCCGGGGCCCUGGUACCGGGGGCAGCUGCCCUUCCCCAGACCACCCCCCAGCCUGAGCAGUUCCAAAGGCACUGGCCUGGGGUCUGGGGACUUCAAAAUAAAGCAGCCGGAAGUGGGGGACAGAACCAUUUCUUCCCCUCCAGGGGCCCCGGACUCUCCCUGGGGGCCUGCCUCAUGCCCCCCAACCUCUUUCCCCCUUCUCUGUCCCAGUGGGGAGGAGCCCCUUGCACACCCCCUCCCCUGCCCCACACACCUCCCCUGUUUAACUUUUGUAAACGGUGAGAAAUAAAGCAAGUGAGACACGGCA